AUGCUAAAGAACGAUAAAGAGAUUCGAGAGUCUUUCCGUGUACAUAAAUCCUUCGCUUCAGGAAAUGUUUCAAUGGCGCGAGUGAUACGUUCACGGUACGUAUGUUACACGUGGGUCCUCGCGCGUUGCCCUUCCAACGAAGACAAGGACAAUGCGAGUGGACAUGGUCGCGAUCCCAAGAGAUCGAACGACGAUGAUCUCGUUCAUCUGGUCGAAGGGGAAAUGAGACGGAGAGGAAAGUCGAAUAUCAAACAUGACAAAGUAUCAGUACCAGUACUGGCGUACGGCAGCAAAGAAAAUAUCGUACUCCCAAACGGUUUUAAUGUAAUUCGUAUCGCUCGAGAAUGUUAUGAGAGCCGAAAUGUAUUGAUUUAUAUGAUAUAA